UCAUCGCGGCCUCGCGAAAUCAUUCGUUAAGUGUCUGUCGAAAGUGUUUCACGACGAUGAAGAGUCCGCAACACGCCACUGAUAAUAAAUAAAUAUAAUUGGUGAGACCGCGCCGUACACUCUUCCAAGUGACAGUUUGUAGAAAUAAUUUGUUAGUGAAAUCGGCGCCGAGACCCGUUGAAAGUUAGUUCUUGCUUCUAACAACUGCUGUUUCUGCUUGCUGGUGGUGCAGCUUCAUCCGGUGUUUGACGACUCACAAAUUUAUCGAUCAAUAUGUGGAUUACUAAACUAGCGUUGAUUUGCUGUUUAGCAACAGCACUCUCAACAAGUUCAGAAAUCAAAACCAAAAAGAAAACAUCGACAGAACUUAGAGGAAAACGGAACUUAGAAUAUUCUAUUGCUCACCCUAACCCUGUCUAUGGAUACCGCACAGAAAGAAGGAUAAGUUCGGGUCAUCGAACAAACUACUUUCCAGCCCAUAAGCAUUAUAUCACCUUUAGAAGAGGAAGACCUGCGCCCUCUCCUCCGCCAUAUGCCGUCCAAAUGGAACCUCUUGUUCACUAUUCCCAAAGAGAUCCCUUGUACGAUGCUGGUAAUUUGCCUAUCAGCCCAGGAAACGAUCUGGCCAGCGAUUACCAGCAUAUCCAUCCUCAAACCUACGGUCAUCCACCACCUCCUCCACCAAAAAUAAUCGAAAAACCUAUCUAUAUCAAAGAACCUGAGCCGAUUAUUGAAAUCAUUAUCAAAGAAUCUAAUGUCACCCUUCCGCCACCACCGGCACCGGUUAUUGUAACUCCGGCUCCUAAAAGGAAAGAACCUGUUCAUGUAUUUUACGUGAAAUACAAAAAAAAUCCUAACGGAUACGGAAAAGAUAGUAUUAUAUACGAAAAACCUAUUCCAGCAAUAUCUCCACCGGUGGAAGACGAAGAACCACAACAAGAAGAACCGCCUCAAGAACCAAUUUAUGCACCACCAGUUACACCUCCACCCCAAACGCCAAGCACAACAUUACGAGCAAUUAUUAAACCAGAAUCCGAUUAUUCAGGAAACAAACAUAUUCAUGUGAGAUUUGAAAAACCAAGUAAUAAUCAGUACAAAAGAACUAGCACCAGCGAUGACGAUUCGAAAGAAGAAUCUGCUCCUGAACCAGUCAUAUCGCAGCCCCAAAGUAGAAAAUUCAUAUUUCCUCCACCGCCUCCACAAGGCCGUUCACCAUCAAGCUUUCCUCCAAAAAUUAUCAGUAGACCACCCCCACAAUUUCGACCAGAAAGCCAGCGCUUUGCACCUCCUCCACCUCCUCCAUCCUUUAGACCUUUUAAUCAACCACCCUCUUUUAAGCCGCCACCUUUCCCUGCCAGCCAAUUCCCACCCCUACCAAAUCGACCCAACUUUCAUCCUCCUUCUCUUUCUCUUGACAGACCUCCUGCUCCUUCAUCUCAACAACAGUUACCAUCCCACCAGCACGUGCCUUUCAGACAGCCAGUUGCUUAUAAACCAUUUGACAAUUACGUCCCCUCAGACACAAUAAAUCUACAACCAUCAACUUCGUUCACGCCCCCGCAGCAGCAGAGACCAAGCAAUUUCGAGCAAAACCCUAACCUACCUCCUCAAAGUUUUUCAAACUUUUUAACCCACUUCCCAGAACAGCAACACCUACCCCAAGUUCAAAAACAUCACAUAUUCCACACUCCUCAGCAACAAGUACCACAGAAACAGUAUUCUCAAUUGCCCGAACAACAACAAAUCCCUCAGUUACAAAAACAACUCCAGUUUAACCCUCAGCAACAGCAUCAAUCUCCAGAACAACCAAAACCAUUCCUUGAUUCCUCACAUCAACCCCAGGCUCAAGCGUUUGUAGGUUCCUUUGGAGAAAAUGCGAACAAAGAACAGUUCACACAACAUCAGCAGUUUACUCAACAACAAAGCAUUCCACAACAAGGUUUUCAACAACAAUUCCGUAAUGACCAUAACCAAAAUCUGCCCUUCCACAACCAGUUACCACGACUACCUCAACAUCAACUUCUACCAAGUUCACAACGCUUAAACAACUUUAACUCUAUUCCUACACAACCUCAACAUCAACAACAGCAACACCCUCAACAACACCAAGAAGAAAAUGUCCUUCCUCCUGGUGGUGAACUGAUUCCAUCUGUUUCAAAGUAUGAACAACAUAUAACGUUGCCAUCUGAGACUAAAGAGCAACAAACUAAUUAUCAAUUAAAUUCUCAACAACAUCAACCACAGCAACAGCAACAUCAACUUCAACAGCAGCACCAGCACCAACUUCAACAGCAGCAGCAGCACCAACUUCAACAGCAGCACCAGCAUCAACUACAACAGCAACAACAACAACAGCCGCACCAAUCACAACAAAAUCAACAACGGCAGCAGCAGCAGCAGCAACACCAUCAACAACAAAUCCAACAGCAAUAUUUCACACAAGUCAAUCCAUCAGACCGAACCCUUGGUCAACAGCAACAGUAUCAACAGUACCCCCAACAAUUAAAUACCAAAAACACUCAACAACAAAACCAAUACAAUAUCGAAAUAAAACCAUCUGAAGAGCGAGGAAAUUCCAUUAGUAUUGCCAAUUCAAAUUAUUUACAGAAAAAUCAGCAACAACAACAACAACAAUCUGUUACCACUGCUCCUCACCGAUUUUCUUCAGUCUACUCAACCACAACUGGAAGGACAACAUAUCAAAGUACAACAACUGCACCAACUACAACUACCAAAAAUCCCGAGAAAGAAGAAAAAGCUAAGAAGAAUAUCCUGGAACUUCCUGAUGAAGUACCUGACGACCUACGACAGCAACUUUUGUCAUCUGGUAUUUUGGAAAAUGCUCAAAUAUCAGUUUUAGAUUAUGACAAGGUCGGUGACAUACCACUGUCGGCUCUGCCACCAGAACAAUUGUCGCAAUUCUUCGGUGCUGGAGGUAAGGAAGCAAUUUCAGCAGGCAGUGAGCCUGUUCCUUCGAUUAUCAGGAAGAAUGGUGAACCUCUAGAUGAUCUUGCCACACCAGAUCAAGAACCUGAGGGAUCUGACCCAGCAGAGGUAAAAGUUAUUGCUCCAGAAGUAAAAGUUGUCCAAUACGAAAAAGAUAGUGUAGACGAAAAGAAAAUUGGUGAAACUUAUAUAAAAGAAGGUGCUUCUCAAGUAGAAGCUGUUCAGUUGGAUAGUGAAAAAUACACAAGAUAUUUACCCAUUAAAGUCAAUGGCGCUCAAUUUCCAAUACCGGAUGUUCCCGAAUUGAAAGGCAAAAAUAUAACGAGUGUAGUUGUUUUAGCGCCCGUUGAAUAUACUGGUAAUAAAGGUCGACCAGUGAGAGAAAUUAUAUCAACAGAGAGACUUCUUGCUGGCCAAGCACUGAAAGAACUAAUCAAGAAUCCUACAACCGAAAAUUUCCAAAAAUGGCUCGAAAUUGAGAAUACAACAGCAGUCGAUAAACAAUCAGUAGUGCUCCUUGUGACCAAACCUGAGGAAGCCAAAGAAGAAGAUGAAAAAGAAAUUUUCAUGUACGAUUUAAACACAAAAACGGUUAGUAAAUUGAGUGGAGAACUAUCAUCAGCUUUCGUUGAGGCAGCUGAAGCAAAUACUAGUGACAAUUUGGAAGCUAUUGCACCCUCCAAUAUAGUAGAAACGAGGGUUCCAUAUCCUGAUAUUGACAGGAGAGAUUUGGUCGCCUUUACCGAUGAAGAUUUCCAAUAUGAUCUCAGUGACGCUUCUUCACAACUAGUUGAAAGUAGGAUCCCUAUCAUUGAUCCAAUGGAAGAAAAAGACGAAGACGAAUACGAAGUCGAAGCUUCUGAACAAUUGGAGCAAUUUGUUGAUAUCUCCGGUUUGAAAGUUAGACCGGAAGAUUUGGCAGCCGCUGCCAGUGAUAACUUGGAAAAUCAAGUUAUUGUAAGUUCCGGAUACAGUAAGACUGGUUCGAAUAAAUUGCCAUCGCCAACAUAAAUAUUAAUAUGGAAUCUAAAUUAUUAAUUUAUCUAGUGUAAAAGAAAGCAUCACUAAAUGACUUUCUUAAGUAAAUCUACGAACACUUGUUCGACUUGUACAGUAAUAUUUUAUACUUUAAUAAAUAAAUAAAG